AUGUGGCCUGUAAUGCGUGGUGCGGCACAGCGUGUGCUGGCCUCUGUGCGUGCUCCAUGGAGUGCCGUAUCUGUGCCGGUAUCGACAUAUAUGCGCCCGGCUUCCCAUCUUCAUGGUGCGCGUCCGUUGAGCACGACGUCUACGCUGCAAGUGACGCUGCAGCAAGCGAUGCGUGGUGCUCGUCGUCCUCAUCGCCCGCCGGUGAAUCGUGUGCCAGCACUCGAGGGGUGCCCCUUUGUCAAAGGCGUGUGCACCAAGAUCUUCACCACCAAGCCCAAAAAACCCAACUCAGCCAUCCGUAAAAUGGCACGUGUUCGUCUGACCAACGGACGUACCGUCACAGCAUAUAUCCCUGGUGAGGGCCAUAAUUUGCAAGAGCACAGUGUCGUUUUGAUGCGCGGCGGUCGUGUACAAGAUGUGCCUGGUGUGCGCUACACGCUUGUGCGUGGUGCGCUGGAUUUCGGUGGUGUGGUGGGCCGGACCACGUCAAGGUCGAAGUAUGGCGCCAAGAAGCCGAAGGAUACCGUAUAA